AUGGUGCCAUCUUCUCGUCUCCUCCUAUGGGCUCUUCUCGUCGCCGCCGUCGCCGGAGGCAGUAGCGGCACGAACUACGGCCAGGCGCGCUAUGAUCGUGUCUUCAGCUUCGGCGACUCGCUCACCGACACCGGAAACUCGGCCAUCCUGCCGGCCACCGCCGGGGGUCCCUUCACCAACCCGCCUUACGGUGAGACCUACUUUAAGCGCCCCAACGGCCGGGCCUCCGACGGCCGCCUCGUGAUCGACUUCAUCGUGGAGUCGCUGAGGCUGCCUCAGCCAGAGCCGUACCUCGCCGGCAGGACCGCGGACGACUUCCGGCACGGCGUGAAUUUCGCGGUGGGCGGCGCGACGGCGCUUGACAUGGCUUUCCUGCAGAGCAAAGGGAUAACAUCGUUCGUGCCGGUUUUUCUCAGCAACCAAACCACCUGGUUCAACGGUGUUUUGCAGCUUCUUGCCUCCCCACGCAACAAGCAGCGCAGGCUGAUGGCGAGCUCCCUCUUCUACUUCGGGGAGAUCGGGUUCAACGACUACUCCUUCGCCCUACUGAACGUCUUGAGCAACGACACGGUGAGCCUCGCCGAGAGUUUGGUGCCGCACGUCGUCGGAGCCAUCCGUUCAGCCCUGCUCGACGCGAUCGCUGCUGGUGCGAGAACGAUGGUGGUGGCGGGGAUGAUACCGAUGGGCUGCGAGCCGGAGCUUCUCGCCCUGUUACCCGGUGUCGCGGCCGACUACUACGAUCGGGCGUCAGGCUGCAUCACGCCGUUCAACCAGGUCGCCCAGCUGCACAACCGGGAGCUGAACCGCAUGCUCUGCCAACUCCGGCGAGCCCACCCCCGCACGUCCAUCCACUACGGCGACCUCUACCACCCCGUCACCGCAAUCGUCUCCUCGCCCACAAAAUACGGUUUUGGCGACAUGCCCUUGGCAGCUUGCUGCGGCGGCGGCGGCGGGCCGUACAAUUUCAACUUCACCUUCUUCUGCGGUACGCCGCUGUCAAGCGCCUGCGCCGACCCGUCGGGGUCCGUUUCAUGGGACGGGAUCCAUUACACGGAGGCUGCUAACAGGUUCGUUGCCCACGCCAUGCUAAGGGGACUGUAAAGCCCCGCAACGGCCAAAUAUUUGGAUUGAAAUCGCAAAGAGUGCCAAGUAAUAACCUUACAAAUUAACAUACGGAUGUCGUACAUGGAUUCUUCCAAUGACUACAAAUCGUACAAUCGAGAUAUCAAGUUG